AUCCUUUCAUCGCUCCCAAAAAGAAUCCGCCACCGCCGGUGCGUAAAGUGCGCGGAGGUGUGGCUCGGUUUGGAUGACAUCAGCCUCCUCCUGCCGAAUAUGUGCGCGCAGCGGGAGUCGGAUCGACUCAGUUCGGCUCCGGCAGGACCAAGGAGCCUGCAGCCACCAUGAAGCCCGGAGCCCGGAGCUGAUCCCGGACUUAGUCCUGCCUGGAGGUGGGUUGAACUCCUUCGUGGAUUCUCUUCUUCUUUUUUUCCCCCUUUUUUUUGUGGAUUAGACCAGGAGCUCUGCUGGGGAUCUGUGGCGAUCGGAACCAGACAGGGGGGAUGGAUCCCUCCCGCUGGCUCCUGCUUUUUCUCUCUCUGGCGCUCUGGAUCCAGGACGGGAUGUGCCAACACCUGAACCACUUCAUCCGCCCCAUCCCCAGCGACUCCCUGCCCGUGGAGGUCCUGAAGGAGGAACCGGACCCGCAGCUGGACCCGAAGGAGAAGGACCUGAACGGGACGGAGCUGCGGAGCCUCCUGGGGAGCCACUUCAACCCGGACUUCAUGUCCGUGUCCCCGCCGGAGGACCUGUACGAGGACGACCCGGAUCAGAGCCCGAAGCUCACCGGACCGAUGCCGAAAGAGAUCCGAACCCUGGAGCUGGAGGUGCUGUUCGGCAAGAAGCAGAAGGCGAACCGGAAGCUGCGCAGGAUGCUCUGGGCCUACACGCUGUGUCCGGUGGUUUACGCGUGGACCGAACUGGGCUGGCGGUUCUGGCCGCGCUACCUGAAGGUGGGCAGCUGCUACAGCAAGCGGUCCUGCUCGGUUCCGGAGGGUAUGACGUGCAAACCGGCCAAAGCGACUCAUUUGACUUUCCUGAGGUGGCACUGCCCGCAGAAAAAGGUUCCGCAGAGGUGCGCCUGGAUCCACAUCCAGUACCCGGUCAUUUCCGAGUGCAAAUGCUCCUGUCCGAACUGAGGAGAACCGGCUCCGGAUCCGCAGAACUGUUCAAAAAAA